CUUAGUUUUGACUUUGGACAGGUUUUGGCAGCGAGUUCGCCUCGUUACAUGUCGUUUCACCCUGUUCCAUUCCGUCCACUGUUCCUGUAAUCCUUUAUUGUUGUCUCCCCCAUUGGAGGUUCACGCUAGUGUUGCAUUUGUCACACGUGUGUGCGCGCCUUUUUUCGUCGCAUUUGGACGGGGUGACAAAUGUUUCGCCGUGGCAAUGCGCUGUGCGGUCUAUCUUAGCUAGUUCUACUUCGUUCAAACUGAAAUCGUAUUUUUUUGCUUGGCUCUGUAAAUCGCGUUCGCGAAGCAUGCAAACAUGGUUUUCGCGACAAUCGCAAUCAUAAUCGUCGCGACGAUUGACGAUUUUCAUUUAACUUCGCCGUAAUUCGUCAACUCAUUCCAGUUUUCUUGUAAGUCUUAUACUGGCCCCGGACCUUUGGCUCUGUGUUACCUCGGCCCUCUCGCCUGCGUCGCUGAGUAUGUGCAAAUGUGCGUCAAUCGUCGCACGCGUUCGCCGCCUAUGCCACAGGUGUAAAUUAGCACGCGGAUUCAGAGGAUCCACAGAUGGACGUGAUUCAAAUGAUUCACUCGUUUCGACCGCGCGCGUUUGCGAGUGAGGCUACCCAAUUUGCAUUUUAUUGUCUGAUUUGUAUGGGAUUUUGAGUGAAUUGCUAAGUAAGUGACGGUUUGGUAUUUUGGAUCGGUCUGAAGACACUUUCAUCUGAGUUUGUCGGUCAUUUUGUUGUCCAAGAGUUGAAGGUGUUUUUUCUUGGGGGGCGUGAAAAAAAGGUGUGUGCUUGUGUGAGGAACAAUUAAUUUGUUGGGCGAUAAGGAUCACAUUCAGAAGUGGCGCGAAGUAUUCAAACAGAGAACGAGCUAAUUGUUCUAGGUCGUCUUUAGAAGAUUUUUUGGAACACGUGGUGUUGUGAUUUGAUGGAGAUUUCGGAUGAGAUUUUGAAUUUUUAGGUGCAGUGAGUGAGAUUUUUGGUGGUGUACUGACGUGGGAUAGUGCAAUUUUCGUUUACCGAAGGACUUGCGGAAAGUCUGGAAUGGUUGUAACUAAGAACCCUAUCUUAUAAGAGACCGGUUACGCUAAUUAGUCACUGUUGCCUGAACUUUUGCAGUGACGGAGUACUAUACCCCCUGGAAGUUAUCGUGCAAUCCCGAAGAAAGUGUUUAGAUGAUAAAAAAAAUGUGGUUUGAAAGUGAACGAAGCAUUAUCAACCCCUUAAACAGCAACAAUAUACGGGGCUCUGUGUGCAAUUAGUGUGUUUCCAAAGAUUAGUGAAGAAUUUUAAAAGAAAGUUGUGCAGUGAUGUUGAUAGUGGCAACGUUCGUGGAAAGGUGCUGAAUUUGUGCAAACCGGCGGACAGAGUUUCGUCUGUUUCGUCCGCUCUUCAACUACCCCGUCUACUAGAAUUAAAAAUUAACCCCUGAACAAGUGCAAAACAAAAGCGACCAGAGCAAGUUGAUCUUCCAACUUAAUCCCGUGUGCGAAAAAUUGUGAUGUUGUAAUGAGAUACGACGUUCAAGAAUUACUUCAAACUGACGACCAUCUGACCAUCAGUAGGUUCGCGAAUGGGAUGGCCUAUCAUCCAUUCCUGCAGCUCCCAAGACCCACUGACUUCAGCGUUUCGUCGCUGUUGACGGCGGGCACAGCAUCACCACACCACAGCACCUCACAUCAGCCACAAACGCAACCGCAUUCCGGGUCCUCGCAACAAUCGCUAGUCGGGCAAACGUCUCCAGUAUCGGGUGGUCCACCCCAACAGCCACAACCGCAAACGCCUCAACCGGGACAUCAUCCUCAUCAUCCGCAUCAUCAUCAUCCGCCGCCUCCAUCGUUACCGCCUGUACCGCCACAACCGUAUUUUCCUGCAGCCGCUCUAGCCGCUCUAGCCGGAAGUCCGGCUGGACCCCAUCCACACUUAUAUCCCGGCGGAUUAUUGCCUAAAUUGCCACCGCAUCAUCCGCACGCCCAUCAUCCACUUGGGACGCCUUAUACAACCGCCGAGGACGUUGUCUUGGCAUCGGUUGCAGCGCAUCAGUUGCAUCCAGCUAUGCGACCUUUACGUGCCCUUCAACCUGAAGACGAUGGUGUUGUGGAUGAUCCAAAAGUUACCCUCGAGGGCAAGGAAUUGUGGGAGAAGUUUCAUAAACUUGGAACGGAAAUGGUGAUAACAAAAAGUGGCAGGCAAAUGUUUCCUCAAAUGAAAUUUCGCGUGUCGGGACUAGAUGCAAAGGCUAAAUAUAUAUUGUUAUUAGAUAUAGUUGCGGCUGAUGAUUAUCGGUAUAAAUUCCAUAAUAGUCGGUGGAUGGUUGCGGGCAAAGCCGAUCCUGAGAUGCCAAAACGAAUGUAUAUACAUCCCGAUUCACCCUCGACGGGGGAGCAAUGGAUGCAAAAAGUCGUAUCAUUUCAUAAGCUGAAGUUAACAAAUAACAUAAGCGAUAAGCAUGGAUUUGGCAAUCUUCUGUUACAAACAAUAUUGAAUUCAAUGCAUAAAUAUCAACCGAGAUUUCAUCUGGUUCGUGCUAAUGAUAUAUUGAAAUUACCAUAUUCAACGUUUCGAACGUACGUGUUUAAGGAAACGGAAUUUAUAGCUGUGACUGCAUAUCAAAAUGAAAAAAUAACACAAUUAAAAAUUGAUAAUAAUCCAUUCGCGAAAGGUUUCAGGGAUACAGGUGCUGGGAAGAGGGAAAAGAAUUCUUACAGGCAAGGCCUUAUGGGGCAACGUGGAACGUCGGAUUCAGAUAAAUUGAAUCCAACGCAUGUUAGUAGUUCCCGAGCACCGGCGCAUCUAAGUCAAGCCACGAGGCACGACAAUCAGGACGACGAUGACAAGCUACUGGAUGUGGUGGGACCACCACAAAGUCCGCUAUUGCCUUUAAGCCAUUCAUUGCAGCAGAUGCAUGCUCAUCCGCAUUCAGUCCUUGCAGCCUGGUUUAACCACUUGACUGGCAACAACAAUGAUUUGGCGGCAAAUGAAGAGGCAAUUCGAAGACGACUUCAACCAGACGACAACGAGCGUGAUGGAAGCGAUUCAAGUUGUUCAGAUAGUGUGGCAGGAAGUACGGGUGGAGCAUUUCGUCCGACAUCAGGGAGCCCCAAAGAUGGGCACAAUUCAGCAGGAACAUCAUAUCCUUCACCUAAUAUAUCCGUCGGUCCGCCCAUCCAUCCCCCGCCUCAUUUACUGCCGUAUCUCUAUCCACAUGGACUAUAUCCCCCACCACCACUGUCUCUUCUACAUAAUCCUGCUGCUGCGGCUGCCAUGAAUCCAGGCCUUAAUCCAGGACUUCUCUUCAACGCCCAGCUAGCCCUAGCUGCCCAGCAUCCUGCCUUAUUCGGUCACUACUCAGGCCAUUCGCCCACAUCACCGUUGCACGGCCUUAAAGGUCAUCGGUUCUCGCCAUAUAGCCUGCCGGGAAGCUUGGGGUCAGCAUUUGAUGCAGUUACCCCAGGUUCGAAUUCAACAACAGUUCGGGAUCGAGGUGGUGGAUUAGGCGGCGGUAGAGGCGGAGGGGGCGGAGAUAAUGGUCCGCGUAGCUUAAGUUCAAGUCCAAGACCACGUGCCUCAUCGAUUUCACCACCGACACGACCAAUCUCAGUUUCACCAACGCCUCAACAGCAACUUCACCAACAACAAUCGUCGCUAAACCAAAGCAAAACCCACAGUAGUUCGCCAUCGGAAUUGAAGAGUAUUGAAAAAAUGGUUAACGGACUUGAAGUACAACACAACGGCAACGGUACUAGUAGUGGACCGAUUGUUGUAAUUGAUGAUACAACACGAACAACACCAACAACAAACAACAUGAAACAUUCACCAAUGGCUGCUGAUCAGUGACAAAUAGCUGAAAUCGAUUGUGAUAUAAAUGACGACACCGAUGAUGAUUGUAAUCGUGAAAUUGUUGAUCAUCAACAUCUGUUCGGUGUUGGUGAAAAGGACACCAAUCAGCUCAGUGUUGUUGAAUUGAAUGCGUGACGAUAAUUGAAAUUGUUUUAAGUCGUCAACUAUUUCAUUUGUAGUUCCAAAUUAGAUAUUUGUUGUUUAUAUUAUUGGACAACUGCUAGGGUAGGUACUGUGUAAAUAGGGUUGUUGUAGAAAUAUGUAAAUAAUUGGA